UUUUAACAUGGGGCAAGACUUCUCUUAGCUGAGCACUUACUCUAUAAAGUUCAACAUUAUCUCCCUCUUCAAAUGGCAUUAAGGCUGCAAUUGGCAUUUUUGUAGUUAGUCUGUUGAGUUGAAUGGGUGUAGGAACAGAAUUUUCACUGUUUUGUUAUGUUAGAGCACGAUAUUACAAAUAUGGAGGCUGUUGAUAACGUACAGUUACACGAACCAUUGCAAGAGGCAAUAACAGAAGUAAUAUACCAUUGCCACAUUUGUAUGGAGGCCUUUGUUUGUGAAGAUAUAUUCAGAAUUCAUAUGGACAAUCAUACUGCUGAGAGACCUUUUGAAUGUAAAAUCUGUGGAGUAAGAUUUAUUGAUGAGGCACACCUGAACAAACACACUGACCUGAAGCAUGCUAAAGGGGAUGAGUAUGAAGCUUGUGCGUUGUGUGGGAAGCUAUUCCACGACAAGAUUAACCUAAGGAGUCACAUGGCAGUCCAUUCUGAAGAGAGGCCUUUUUCUUGUGGACUCUGUGGCAGGAGCUUUAAGCGUAAAGGUGAGCUGGAAUCUCAUUUCAUCAUUCAUACUGGUAUGAAGCCUCACAAAUGUCAUUUAUGUAGCAAAGCUUUUACACAGAAGUACUCUUUGAAGAUGCAUAUGAGAAUACAUACAGGGGAGAAACCAUUCAAGUGCAGCAUCUGUGGGAAGGAGUUUAACAGAAGUUCAACAGUUACUCUGCAUAUGAGACAGCAUACUGGCGAAAAGCCUUAUAAAUGUUCAGAAUGUGCGGAGAACUUUAAGCUCCUGAGAGAUAUCAAGAAUCACUUGGCAAGAGUCCACGGAAAAUCUGGAAAACCACAGGUCAGAAGUAUUCCCCUGAAACGGGGCAGGAAGCACGGAAGCAAAGCAAAAGAUUUGUCAAAGAUGAAGGGGAGAUAUGAGUGUGCAAUUUGCAAAGAGGAAUUUGAUCACGUAUCAGUUUUCAAUGAUCACAUCCAAACACAUGAUGUGGAUUCAUGUUAUUUGUGUGGGCAGGAGCUGAAAAGCAAAGGAGAGAAGCGAAGGCAUGUGACUCGACCCAUCAAAUUGAAAGAAAGUGAAUGUUUUACGUGUGGGGUCAAGUUCAGUAAAUUAGAAGAUUUUAAGCUUCACAUGAAUGGCCAUACAGAGCUCUGUCGACUUGAAGAAUGUCUAAGGAAUGCAGAAAAUCUUCAUUUGUCUUCAAAAACUUCUCAGAAAAGCAAUCAGAGUAAACCUGGUGAUGGAGAUACUGAAGAUGAAGAUGGAAACCUUGCAGAGUUUAGUGACAUUGGAGAAGGUCAUGUGGAUGGAACUGAUACGCCUUCUCCACAAAAACUCAAAAUGCGUAUUAUGCCAGAAGAAAGUGGAAGCCCAGAAAUGUGUUCCGUAGCAGUUAAACAAGAGCCGUUCAGUGGAGAUGAGGAGCCCGAUACUACAAUUUUGGAGCUGGUCGCAGGAGUGGAGGGGUUUGAGGUCAAAGCUCAGAAUCUUAACUCUUCACCGCUAAAAUCUCAGACUAAUUCAAAGAAAUCUGUUUCUCUAAUGGAUUCGUUUGAAUCACCAAGCACAGUAACUACAUCCGAUGUCGAUCAGAAGCCUAAAAUCAGACGACAGAGUCCUUACAAAAUUGCCAGAGUCAGUCCACCACGAACAAGAGGGUCCCUCAAAGUCCAUUUCAAAGAGACCCCUAAAGUAGGAGACUUUAAGGAGACAGGUUCUGUAAGCAGCAAAAAUGUAACUAUUACAGAACCCUCUAGUAAAGAUGGUGAAGACAGUGAUGACUGUGACUUGGCAGAGACUUACAGCAUAUAUGUUAAAAAUAUAUUAAGACUUCAGCCUGUAGACAAACAGAUGGCUUUAAUAAAGUGCAUCAAUACUACAAUAGGUCAGUUUAUUAAUGAUUAAGACACUUACCAAAGGAGCCUUCACAUUUAUAUUAAAUUUUCUGAAACUGCAGUAUUUACUGUUUUCUUGCCCUUGCAAAUUAAUUUGAAGAUCCAUAUUUUCAGUACUAUGGUUUUACAUAUAUGUAAAAGGUAAAUUUUCUUUUAAGAAUCUUACUCUAGUAUGCCUUGAACUAUUUUUUUAUACCUUCAAGUUAGGUUACUCUGGAAUGACAAAAUUUUUGUAUAAUUUCUCUUAUUGUACAGAAUUCCUAAUCUGUGAUGAAAACAUACUGUCAUCUGUAACAGUAAAUUGUUAAUCUAACACUUAAGAAUAUAUGAUGCAAAAUAUGCAU